CUAGGCUCUGGCGCUGGUUUCCACAGCUCACGCGGGGGCGUCCCCAAUCGAUCUACCCCCCCCCCCCCAAGAAGCGAUUUCUAUCCCUCAUCGCAAUAACAACAACAGCUGCUUCGCGCUGCGCGUUUUUUCGUAUUGGUGUUUCGGUGCCGUGGGAAUGAAUCCCCAUAUAGUUAGGGUCAUGGUUGUGAGUCAGGAUUAUGCUUCGAUUAUGGGUUUGUCUCUCCUCGGUAUAGACACUGCUCCAAUCAUGGCGACGAGUUGCUAGGUUUUCGGGUAUGAGGUCACCCCACAGGAUGCAGAUGCUGUAGUAUUCGGUAUGAUUCUCGCUUCAUUCCAGCGCAGAUUCAAGUGAGGGUUGGCGAAUCUGCAGCUCGCCAUGAAGUUAACUCACGGCUCUAGCACAGGCUGGUGGCUACUCCCAACCCCUCUAUCGUCUCUGGCUCUACUUUUAAUUCUAGUCCUCUUCCCUGAACUAGCUCUUACUCAGCCAAACAAGGAUGACAUUGCGUGUUUACAAGGCUUCCAAUCCAUGGUGAAAGGUGCUGAUCCUGCACUGUUCAUUAACUGGACCAGCUCUGCUUUUCCGUGCAACACGACACAAGAUGGGCGGGGGCCGACGUUUGUAGGGGUCACAUGUAGCAGCAGCAGGGUGGUAUCCCUCGUUCUCAGCAACAAGGGACUGACAGGCACGAUUUCCCCCAACCUCUCUCUCUGCAGGAACCUGGGCAUCCUUGACUUGUCCCAAAAUUCUCUGACAGGAACAUUACCCUCUACACUAGGAAUGCUAUCCUAUCUCAUGACCCUGAAUGUGAGCCACAACCAGAUCUCGGGACCCAUUCCAGCGGAAAUCGCCAACUGUUCCUACCUUCACGAGCUUGAUCUGGAGCAGAACCGAUUUUCGGGGGAGCUUCCAGCUGCAUUGGCGACCCUCCAGAAGCUCCAGACCUUUGACGUCUCCCACAACAAUCUGGAAGGGCCUAUCCCUACAGGGCUUUCCAAUACCUCCGACGGGCGACCCAGGUUCAAUGCCUCCUCCUUCGAGGGAAAUCCGGGGCUGUAUGGCUUCCCGCUUCCUUAUGCAAAAGGCCAUAAUCUAUCUAUCCUCGCCAUUGUCGGGAUAGGCCUGGGUAGUGGAUUCCUCAGCUUGAUCGUGAGCUUCACAGCUGUGUGUAUAUGGUUGCGUGUCACAGAGCAGCGCCUUGCUGCUGAGGAGGGGAAAAUCUCGCAGCUUGUCCCUGAGUACGAUUGAUAAAGUUGUUGUAAGCUGGAUCUCUGCCGUGACAUACUUCAUACCCUGGUAUGGCGUGUUUAACUAAGGUCGAAAAGUAUUAUUCCAGAAGGUGGGCAUUCGAGUAGGGAUUAGGAUCCUCUCUCCAUUUCUCAGAAUUUUCAAGAUUGCUCGAGUCAUUGAACAUGCUACGUAGGAGGAUUUUACAUUUUGGAAUUGGUAUUGGAGGAGUUUUUGUGCCUGCAGUGUAUUUCAUUAGCGACGAACUGUCAGUCGCUUAUGGGCAGUGUGUACCUGUUUUGUAUCAGUUUACUGUUGUGAAGUAAAGUGAAGAGGAAAUGAACAAUUGAAGUGUGUCA